GUUUCUUUUGUCACACAACUAUUGGUUUUGAGAAACAAAAUACAAAUGAACAUCAUUUUAUAUCUGAAUUGUACGCGAUAUUAUAUAUUGUUUUAAAUAAUUAAUAAAAAUGUUUUAUUGUGGGGGGAGGAGCCAUGACACCAACGUGCCUGCUAUGAGGGCAGGGCAGGAAUUCAUCAGCUGAUGCCAGCUUUUUAACAAUCAACUGUUGUUCGACCACCGCAGGAACACAAUCGAGUUUGUGACCGAGAAAAGGUUAUUUUUAUUUUUGCCUGAACUAAAAUGGGGAGCUGGAAGAGUCAAGUGCGUGCUCAAUUGCUACUCAGAGAUCAGAGAGAGAAGCAUCCAUAUGAAGGAGUCUUUACCAGCUUGUCUCAUUUGGAAGAACGACUUGAAAUUCGUCUGCAGAUUUUGAAAGAUGUCCAGUCAAACAGCUCAGAAGGUGGAGUCAAUGUGAGAUUACUUCAACUACAGCUCAGGGAGAGUGAACAUCUGGCUGAAAAAUUGUCUCAGACUGUCUCUGAUCUGACCACCGUCCUGCAUUUGAAAGACGCCGAGCUGCAGCACUGGCAGUCACGUGUGUCCCGCCACCGCCAAGAGGCCCUCACUCUGGCCAAAGGGGGUAACGCCCUGAAGGCGAGCGUCUACCGACAAGAGUUCGCCAUUGAGUGUCAGACGAAGGAGCUGGCCGCCCUCUACCGGGAGCGGAAGGGGCUUAAAGAAACGCUGUCGCAGGCCCGCCGUGACAAAGAGGAUCUGCUGCGGCGCUGGAUGGAGGAGAAGGAGGAAGAGGCGGCGAGGUUGAAUAAAUACAACGCCACACAGGAGAGGUGGCAACGUUUAGCCAGGCACUUGAGGAAGCACCUGGCGAAAAAAGAUGGCGAUCCCCAGGAAAGCGGCUCCUGAGCACACGCCUCAUUUUACCCGCAUAUGGACAAGACAAGUAAAUCCGCGUCUUUAUCAAGGUAACAUGGCCGUUUUAGUCGUGAAAAAGAACCGUGUCAGGACACCUACACGUCCACGCGGUCCGUGGCGAUGAUUGCCUUGAUGAUGCAGUAAGAGGUACGGCGACCUCAUCAAAGUUCCUUGUUGCACCUUGUUACUCACGCCGUGAUGUCACCGCUCAUUUAAAGAGCCAGCUCAUUCGGUUUUUGGCAAAUUUUUUGCUUUUAACAAACACAUCCCGUCUUCAGGUAAAGUGUGUUGUCAUCAAUUGUCCACUUUUUAACUUACUGUCAGUGGGUUUGAAGAUGUAACAAAAGCUCGAAACUUUUAAGCAUGUUUUAAAACAAAUUGUGUUUGCUGUUAAAUUCUCGUAUGUUUUUUUUGUCCUAUCUGAAAUACUGAGUAUUGUGGAAAUAAAGUUACUUUUUUUUGCUAGUCUAACCUCUCCUGUUAUAUGUACUAUAGCAGGCCUGGGCAAAAAUACGGCCCACGAGCCAUCAAGAUUUUCAAUCCGACAUAAUUUUUUUAGACAUUUAGCUUCAAAACUGUAGCCGCCAUUAUGAUGUGCAGUGCUGUUUUUAAAUGACUGUAAGUCUUGAACCAUAGAAAGUAUUUCAAUGGUUGAAAUCUGCCAGCCCGGGACGCGUUCAUAUGUUGUUAAUAUUCAGUGUUUUAUUGUUCAUAGUUAAUAUUGUAAAUCCCACGUAAAAUAGGAGUGACGUUCAUAUGUUGUUAAUAUUCAGUGUUUUAUUGUUCAUAGUUAAUAUUGUAAAUCCCACGUAAAAUAGGAGUGACGUUCAUAUGUUGUUAAUAUUCAGUGUUUUAUUGUUCAUAGUUAAUAUUGUAAAUCCCACGUAAAAUAGGAGUGACGUUCAUAUGUUGUUAAUAUUUAGUGUUUUAUUGUUCAUAGUUAAUAUUGUAAAUCUCACGUAAAAUAGGAGUGACGUUCAUAUGUUGUUAAUAUUUAGUGUUUUAUUGUUCAUAGUUAAUAUUGUAAAUCCCACGUAAAAGAGAAGCGACGUUCAUAUGUUGUUAAUAUUAAGUGUUUUAUUGUUCAUAGCUAAUAUUGUAAAUCCCACGUAAAAGAGGAGCGACGUUCAUAUGUUAAUAUUCAGUGUUUUAUUGUUCAUAGUUAAUAUUGUAAAUCCCACUUAAAAGAGGAGCGACCUUCAUAUGUUGUUAAUAUUCAGUGUUUUAUUGUUCAUAGUUAAUAUUGUAAAUCUCACGUAAAAUAGGAGUGACGUUCAUAUGUUGUUAAUAUUUAGUGUUUUAUUGUUCAUAGUUAAUAUUGUAAAUCCCACGUAAAAGAGAAGCGACGUUCAUAUGUUAAUAUUCAGUGUUUUAUUGUUCAUAGUUAAUAUUGUAAAUCCCACUUAAAAGAGGAGCGACCUUCAUAUGUUGUUAAUAUUUAGUGUUUUAUUGUUCAUAGUUAAUAUUGUAAAUCCCACGUAAAAGAGAAGCGACGUUCAUAUGUUAAUAUUCAGUGUUUUAUUGUUCAUAGUUAAUAUUGUAAAUCCCACGUAAAAGAGAAGCGACGUUCAUAUGUUGUUAAUAUUCAGUGUUUUAUUGUUCAUAGUUAAUAUUGUAAAUCCCACGUAAAAUAGGAGUGACGUUCAUAUGUUGUUAAUAUUCAGUGUUUUAUUGUUCAUAGUUAAUAUUGUAAAUCCCACGUAAAAUAGGAGUGACGUUCAUAUGUUAAUAUUUAGUGUUUUUCUGUUCAUAGUUAAUAUUGUAAAUCCCACGUAAAAUAGGAGCGACGUUCAUAUGUUGUUAAUAUUCAGUGUUUUAUUGUUAAUAGUUAAUAUUGUAAAUCCUACUUUCUUUUUGUU